CCUCUAUGCCGGAUGUUGUAGGCUGUUUUGUAAACGAGUCUUCGCAGUUUUAGCGAAGCUACUUGAACGAAAGAGGACACCGGUGGAGGACAUUAUAUGUAACUCCAAAUCAUUAAACUCCGUUGUCCAAAAGAGUUUAUCAUCAGCUAAUCGGAAAUGUUUUCUCUUUCUACUUCCCUGCAGCCACAGGUAACAGUCCAGCUGAGUCACCUCAUCAAUGCCCUGCAUUCUCUGACGGGUUCAUUGAGCAGCAAUACUUCAGUCAAUCACAAACACAGAGAGAACACGCCAGAACAAGAUCUGAAUAGCACAGAGUCGUCACUGACGCUCAGGGAUUUGGGUCUGACAGAUCUAGGAGUCGGUCAGCUAGAUGCGCUGGUGGAGAAGCUUCUUCCCUCUGUUUCUCAGCAGGACUUGAACUCACAACUGAGGACUGAGCCAAAUAUCUGGAGGACUUCCUAUCUCUCCUCAGAUUCUUUCUUUCACAACAAACAUGGCUUUUCCAGAAUGGGUGGUGUCUCUCCUGUCUUCUCCAGGCAAAACAAGUCACCUCUCCAAACACUAUGUACAGACCUCCAAUAUUUGCCAUUGUUGGUCCCAAAUCGAGGCUUUAAAACUCUGAAGUCCAAAACACGGCGUCUACAGGGAGGCUUUGACAGUUCAGCGGAGCCUGAGGGAUUUACGCCAUCAUUUAUGAAGGUCACCCACACAGGUCUCCUGACACGAGACAAAGGGCCAGAUGUUGAAACUCUGGACAAGCUCCUUAAAAACAAAAAUAUUCCUGAUGGUCAGCAUGAUGCUUUUAAGACUGGUUUUGCCGAGGGCUUCCUCAAAGCUCAAGCCCUAACACAGAGAACCCAAGAAUCACUAAGGAGGAUGCGACUGAUACUAUUGGUGCUUUUGCUGUUGGGCUUGUAUGGACUCUCAAAAACACCUUUCUUAUCAGUGCGAUUCCGAACCACAUCAGGCCUGGACUCAGCAGUGGACCCUGUCCAGAUGAAGAACGUCACCUUCGAGCAUGUGAAGGGUGUGGAGGAGGCCAAAAAUGAGCUGCAGGAGGUGGUGGAGUUUCUUCGGAACCCUCAGAAGUUCACUGUUCUGGGAGGAAAACUGCCUAAAGGAAUCCUGUUGGUUGGGCCUCCGGGUACAGGAAAGACCCUGUUGGCCCGUGCUGUAGCUGGUGAGGCAGAUGUGCCAUUCUACUACGCAUCUGGCUCCGAGUUUGAUGAGAUGUUUGUUGGUGUUGGUGCCAGUCGAAUCAGAAACCUUUUCAGGGAAGCUAAAGCUAACGCUCCUUGUGUUAUCUUCAUUGAUGAGCUGGAUAGUGUUGGAGGAAAGAGGAUUGAGUCUCCCAUGCACCCCUAUUCUAGACAGACAAUCAAUCAGCUUCUAGCAGAGAUGGAUGGGUUUAAGCCAAAUGAAGGCGUCAUCAUAAUUGGAGCAACAAACUUCCCUGAAGCUUUGGAUACUGCUCUGAUCCGGCCAGGCCGUUUUGAUAUGCAGGUCACCGUCCCCAGACCAGAUGUGAAGGGCCGCACUGAAAUCCUCAAGUGGUACCUUAAAAAAAUUAAAGUAGACUCUGCUGUGCAGGCAGAUGUCAUUGCUAGAGGAACGGUGGGGUUCUCUGGUGCCGAGCUGGAGAAUCUUGUUAAUCAGGCUGCACUUAGGGCCGCUGUGGACGGUAAAGACAUGGUGACCAUGAAGGAGCUGGAGUUUGCUAAGGACAAAAUACUGAUGGGCCCAGAACGCAAGAGUGCAGAGAUUGAUCAGAAGAAUAAAGAAAUCACAGCAUACCAUGAGUCAGGCCAUGCUAUUAUUGCAUACUACACAAAAGACGCCAUGCCCAUAAAUAAAGCCACCAUUAUGCCGAGAGGCCCCACUUUGGGUCACGUGUCCAUGCUUCCAGAGAAUGACCGCUGGAGUGAAACUCGGGCUCAGCUUCUGGCUCAGAUGGACGUCAGCAUGGGCGGCCGAGUGGCUGAGGAGCUCAUUUUUGGCAGUGAAUAUAUCACUACUGGAGCAUCAAGUGAUUUUGACAGUGCUACAAAAAUAGCAAAAAUGAUGGUGACCAGAUUUGGAAUGAGUGAAAAGUUGGGUGUCAUGACAUAUGCUGACCUCACCAAGCAGAGCCCAGAAACACAGGCAGCCAUUGAACAUGAAGUCCGGAUACUUCUGAGGGAUUCCUACGAGCGUGCUAAAGUGAUCUUAAAGUACCGUGCUAAAGAGCACAAAAAUCUAGCUGAGGCUUUACUGCGGUAUGAGACGUUGGAUGCCAAAGAGAUCCAGUUGGUCUUGGAGGGAAAGACAUUAGAUGGUCACGGCAGAUGAAGGUCACCAGGCUGCAGGGAAAGGACAAUGGAACCCUAAAAGACAUGAAUGUACAUAUGCAACCAAGAGCUUGGUAGGCCUACUCUCCCCAUUGCUAAAUUGUUUUUUUGAGCCAGAUCUCUGAAAUUAGUUUCAAUUUUACAUGCUAAUAAGGAAGGUGUAACACAAACUCCUCCUUGGGAUUUUUCUUUCCAAAGAAAUUGUUCAUGUGAGAAUUCAACUAAUUUAGUAUCCAUGUCAGUGUUUUUCUGUACUAUUAACUAUAGGUUCUGCCUUAUUUGUAGUGGAGCAGAAGCUGAUUUAGAAUAAAUCCUUGAGCUGUAAGGUCAGGAACAAAUCACUGUUCACCAUUUUUGAACCAGUUGUCUGAGCCAGGCUAAGUAUAUGUUUCAUGGUGGCCUUUGAGAAAUGUAAGGCGAUGUAUUUUCUUACUGAGGGAUUGUGGAAUGUUUCGAAGCACUUUGGUACUGGAACAUGUUUGUUUGUUUGUUUUUUGUUUGUUUAUGUGAUGCAUAUCAUAUCUGCUUGUGAACAAUGCUGCUUCAGAGUACAUUUAGUCACUGUUUGUUUAUACUUCAGAACCCCAGUAUGUUAUUAGAUAACCUUUCUGACAAGAUGUUUCCUAGAUCAACUUCCCAGUGGUCCAGUGAUCAAUGAACUCCUGUAGUUCUUGCUCUGUUUCUGCACUUUUAUCACAAGACUAUUUAAACCAUCUGCAAUAUCAUGAUCCAUGUUUAAAUGCUCCCUGUCUUCUAUCAAAUUGAUUAUACACGCCAAUUAUAAAACAAAAAGAAGACCGAAAUGUAAUAUUCUUUCAGAUUUAAUGUUUGAUGUUAAAUUCUCGGGUUCCAGUUACAUUGGGUUUAUUCAGCUUUAUUCUAUAUAUUAUUUAUUCAUGUACAGCAACUCUACAUCUUUGAGUUUACCUUGCCUCCAUGUAUGUUUGCCUUUUACCCAAGCUCAUUUUAGUUGUGUACAUACAGUAUAUAUUUAUAAUCAAUAAAGCUGAAAACGAAAACAUUG